AAGGCAGCGAAGGAUUAUUUCAACUCACUCACUCACUGACUUUCCCUACAACAUCAACACAAUAUCUUGCAAGCACGGUCAAGCAGGAGCCAUGAUGAGUACCAGCCAGGAGGAUAGACCCUUUGUUAGGGCUGUGAGGAAGAUCAAAUGUGCCGCCAUGGUCCACAGUCUUGCCAAGAGCUGGCAGGGCUGGGCCGACGAGAACUUGGUCAAACAAGAGACCAUACCCUCCGGGUGGAUGCCCACCUCCAUCAUUGAGGACGAAGAAAGGGAGAAGCAGAACGAGACAAAAAUCCUAGUCAAGACACGUGUGGUCGAGGCGGACACCGACAGCGGCAGUCUGAUCCGAACGGGUGAGGUGACCAAGAGCCACAUGCCAAAGUACAGUGAGUACAGCACUGACCUGGUAUGCUCAAUCAAGGACAAGAUCCAGAUGGCACCUGAAAUUGCCAACAAGCCCUUCCUGGGCAAUGAGUCACCCACCCGGAGACGCCUGGGUGUGAGAGCUCAGGUACAUCUGGGUAGUCAGGAGCGGAAGAUGGGCUCCCGUAGCAGCAGCCUGGACACAGAGGACAGCGGGUUGGGGGAGGAGGCCGGACUCAGCGACAACAGCGACCAGAGCGACCUGAACCAGCUGAAGAAACAGAUCAAUAGGCCCAAGAUUAGAGUCACCACCAUGGGUGACAUCAAGAGCAGGUGGCAGCAGUGGUCCCAGCAGCACGUAGAGGGUCAGAAGCUCAACCCCUUCAGUGAGGAGUUUGACUAUGAGCAUGCCAUGGCCCAGCGGUUGCAGAAGGGUGAUGAAGGCUACGGACGCCCCAAAGAGGGAUCCAAGACGGCCAUGCGUGGCGACCGAGCCCAGAAACAUGUGUACAAAGAGAUGGAGGAGUUGUGCUGGAUCGUCAAGGACAUGGGCCUCAAGGACAAGAACGGCAAAUCCUACAUCACUUUCGGCAGGCUGUUUGACCGCUAUGUCAAAAUCUCGGACAAAGUGGUGGGCAUAGUUUUGCGCUGCCGCAAACACAAAAUGCUUGACUUUGAGGGAGAGAUGCUGUGGAAAGGCCAGGAUGACCAUGUCAUCAUUACUCUGAGAGAUGUGAAAGAAGACUGAACCUGCAGAUGAUCUAGACUUUGAUCCUACACCUCCCUCCUCACAGUUUACCUAGACCCACAAGUGCCUUUCAUAUUCUGACCAGCAACAGUUCAGGAGUAGAUGUCCUUAGCAUUCUAACCAUGAUAGCCACUGGUCAUGAGUUCAACCUCAGUAGGAUAUUCUAAACACGCUGCAGGCCAUUACAAAAAAAUUAUGUGACAAAAUAAAAUGAGAAAAAAAAAUACAUGGGGUUUGUGGACACAAUAGUGAUGCGCGGGUUGACUCAAAACCCACAGUCCAUGCAGCUUUAAAAAGAGAAAACAAUACAUAAAAAAAUCCAUAACUGUAUAACUAUUGUGAAAUUUAUAUCUGUAGGCUACACUGAGUUUUUUCUUAAAUAAUUUUUUAAGCUAUCUGGCAUUAGUGUGUAAGCCUAAGCUUUAGGACCUGACUAUUCGUGCUCAAAAUAGCCUACCCUCCAUUCGCCAAAUGCUUUUGGUAAUGGGCAGAAAGAGUUCGUGUUGAUCCACUGAUUAAAUAUGAGAAACAUUUGCGAAAAUGGAGAGUUGAAAAUAAAGAAGUGGUAAAAAAAUGGUGAAGUGGUUAAAGAGGAUGAAAGCAGUGUUAAUGUAUGUUACUGAUUGUGAGGCGCUAUACAAAUUUGACAGUCACAAGACGGGGACUUAAAAACGGCCUAUGGCACAUCAUGGGAACUGUAGCCUACUGUUCAGGUGGGUUAAAUGGAAACUGAAAUCUGGACACUGACUGUAGGUCUAUAACCUCUGCUAGCGGUUAGGAGCAUUGGGCCAGUAACCGAAAUGUCGCAGAUUCAUAUCCCAGAGUAGACUAGGUGAAAAAUCUGUCGAUGUGCCCUUGAGCAAGGCACUUAAUCCUAAUUGCUCCAAGGUCGCCGUCAAUAAUGAUAUCUGGCUCUGACCCCACGCUCAGGGGGAGUAGGAUACGCAAAAAACAAAUGUCCAAUUCACACGUGUGAAAUAGGAAAUAUGCAAGUGUACAUUUUGAUUAGGGAACAGAAGUGGAGAAAAUUAUUUCUUUCUUUCAGCAUCUUGAAAGAAUGUGAAUGUGCAGUUAGUGACCUUCUGUAGAGGUGCUAUUUUUAUCAGCGUCAUAAAAGCUGAUGGUAUUUCAACCACAUAAAAUAUGGCUCCAAGCAGAACUGGAAUCUUAUCAGUGCAAAUGACCAAAUCUUAUUUGGUUAUUUUCACAGCUUUCUAUUUCCUUACGAGCGUGCUAUGGCCAAGAACAUACUUCCAUUUUAUUGCAUUUUCUAGAUUGUAGCCUUCAUUCUAUCGAUGUAUUACAUUACUCUUGUCACGCCCUGAUCUGUUCACCUGUUCUUGUGAUUGUCUCCACCUCCUCCAGGUGUCGCUUAUUUUUCCUAGUGUAUUUAUCCCUGUGUUUCCUGUCUCUCUGUGCCAGUUUGUCUUGUAUGUUUUCAAGUCAACCAGCGUGUUUUUCCCAUGCUCCUGUUCUCCAUUAUCUUUUUCUAGUCUUCCCGGUUUUGACCCUUGCCUGUUUUUUCUGGACUCCGUACCCGCCUGCCUGACCCUUCUGCCUGCUCUGACAUCGAGCCUGUUUGCCACUCUUUACCUCUUGGACUGUUUUUGACCAUUUGCCUGUCCACAACCAUUCUCUUGCCUACUCCUUUUGGAUGAAAUAAACAACAAAGACUCUAACCAUCUGCCUCCUGUGUCUGCAUCUGGGUCUCGCCUUGUGCCCUUAUAGUACGAACUGGCCAUGACAGACCCAGCAGACCCUGCAGACCCUGCGGGGAGCCACUAUUGGGAGACAUGAGGAGCUGUUACAGGACCUUCUGGAAGGGCUCCGUUCCUUGACGGAACGCAACGACCAAGGGUUUAAGGAGAUUAUGGAGCAAAUCAGGGAGUUAGCUCAGAGGCUGCCUGCCACCUCUUAGAAACCCCAACCACCCAGUAAUUUUUUUCCUAGUAGUGGUGAGCUUGAUCAGUCUACCCCGGCUCCCCGAGAACCUUGCUUACCUCCUCCGGAGCAAUAUUCUGGGGAUCCUGGUACCUGCCGGGGUUUUUUUUCUCAGUGCUCUCUUAUUUUUGAGUUACAGCCAUCUUAGUUUCCUUCAGACCGAUCUAACCGAUCUAUGUUAUUACGCUAAUGUCGGGAAGGGCGCUCUCCUGGGCUAUGGCAGUUUGGGAGCAACAAUCCGCCAUUUGUUGUCAUCUUGAAGAUUCCAUGGCAGAAGUGAAGAAGGUAUUCGAUUCUCCGGUAUCUGGGAGAGAGGCGGCCAGUAAACUUCUGGAAUUACGUCAAAACUCCCAUAGUGUGGCAGACUACGUGGUUGAUUUUCGCACAUUGGCCGCCGAGAGUGCCUGGAAUCCGGAGUCUCUUUUCAAUACUUUUCUUCACGGAUUAUCUGAGGUGGUAAAAGAUGAGCUAGCUGCCUGGGAACUACCAGUGGACCUUGACUCUCUCAUCGCCCUCACCAUUAGAAUUGAUGGACGCCUAAGGGAACGCAGGAGUGAGAGGACGUCUGGUCUCGGGCACACUCGUUCAUCCGCAGUGGCUUGCUCACCUCCGAGGGAACCCAGAAGUCCCCGAGGAUGUUUUUUCCAAGAGGAUCCGAAGCCACCCGAGCUCCGUCGAGAAUCAUUGACGACGGGUGAAUCAGAUACACCAGAACCUAUGCAACUGGGAA